AUCAAUGGUUUACUUGAAGACAGCCCAUUUAUGUCAAUCGGGCGAUAGAGAAUCCAUUUUCCAAGAAGGAAGGGAAAAAGAAAAUUAGGGCUCGUUAAACUAUAAUUCCCCCACCACAUAUGAUUCUCCAUUGAAUUGAAGGCCUUCUUCUUCUUCUUCUCCUCCGACGAUACCUUCUCUACAGAGCUCCGGUGCUUUUAGCAGAAGCAGAAAUGGUGAAGGGCCCCGGUCUAUACUCCGACAUCGGCAAAAAAGCCAGAGAUCUUCUGUACAGGGACUACGUCUCCGACCACAAGUUUACCGUCACUACUUACACCGCGACCGGACUGGCCAUUACUUCAUCCGGUGUUAGGAAAGGUGAGUCACUUGUAGCUGAUGUCAAUACUCAGCUGAAGAAUAAAAACAUCACCACUGACAUUAAAGUGGACACCAAUUCCAAACUGUAUGCAACCAUCACCGUUGAUGAACCAGCACCAGGGCUGAAAACAAUCUUUAGCUUCAUUGCUCCAGACCAGAAAUCUGGCAAGGUAGAGCUACAGUACUUACAUGAGUAUGCUGGAAUCAAUACUAGCAUCGGACUAACUGCCAGUCCACUUGUCAAUUUCUCUGGUGUUGCUGGGACCAAUACAUUUGCUGUUGGGACUGAUCUGUCAUUCAACACCGCUAGUGGGAAUUUUGACAAAGUCAAUGGUGGCUUGAGUUUCUCUACCUCGGACUUGAUAGCUUCUUUAACAUUGAGUGACAAGGGCGACAAGCUUGCUGCAUCAUACUACCAAACUGUACGCCCAUUGACAAACGCAACUGUUGGAGCAGAGUUGAUUCACAGCUUCUCGAGCAACGAGAAUACUCUCACCAUUGGGACACAACAUGCAUUGGAUCCGUUGACCACGGUUAAGGCUAAGGUUAAUAACAAUGGUAAGGUACACACUCUUAUCCAACACGCGUGGCGUCCAAAGUCACUUUUCACCAUCUCCGGUGAAGUGGACACUCGGGCAAUUGAGAAGAGUGCCAAGAUUGGGUUGUCUGUUGCUCUCAAACCAUGAUUGGUUUUCCUAUAAUGCUGGGGAAGUGUUUGGAGGGUGAUGUUUUGUUUUUGGCGUUGAGAAAUAAGUUAGGUAGAAAACAUUCGCCUCUUAUUUUCAACCGUAUGAACUAUGAACUGUGCUUGUGCGGUUAUGGGUUCUUGCCAAUUGUUGCCAUGGUAGAAUGGUUCUGUAAAAAAUAAUGUUUUGUUGCGUGGUGCUUUCACGCGAGUGUGACUUCUCAAUUCUUUUGGUUUCGUCCAUUCGAGUGUAAGUUGAUGGAUUAACAUUAUCGUCAUGAAUCAUACGAUCUUUCUAGAAUAUUUAUUGGUGUCAUUU